UAGAGUUAACAAAUUUUCGACCGGUUAAGAGAAAAACCGGGAAGAACCAAAGUCGAUGCAGAGUCGUUACUGCCGUACCAACGGUUUAUUUAUUUGCAAACGGUUAUUUUUCCGUUACUCCAAUCUGACGCAUCUCUCUUCUUCUUCCCUCUUUCUUUCUUGGUUCUUUCUUAAUAAGUUUUUGAUGGAUCCUUUCAACUUUGAGACCGAUCUUCAGUCACUGAGAAGACUAUACGGUCUUCUCCACUCAAAUACAAACAAUGAAUCCAUACCACAAGCCUUUCUGUUAGAUGAGAACACUCAGUUUCUACUAAAGCGUUUGCUUGAUUCUGCGACCAAUGAGCUUUUGGCUAGACAAACCAAGAUACUUGCACAAGUACAGUUAGGUUUGCCAACACCGAGUAGAAACUCAGUCUCAAGGAGUGUCAUUAAAUUGCCUAGUAAGGUUGGUUUAACAGAGGAAGUCGUUGAUUCAAUCGAACGUAUCGAAACACAACUUUCUGCUUUUCGUUUUUGCUCUAGUCGUGGUGAUAGAACAAAGACGUGCAAGUCACGCAACAUGCAAGAACACUCAUCUUCUGUAAUACCUUUUCAACGGUUAAGCGAGAAAGCAUUGAUGGCCCGAAGACAAAGCUAUCAAGCUUCUGUGUCUGGUUUGAGGAGUACAAGAACCUCGAAUAUAGCACCUCGUCUUAGAAGUGUGAAUAAUAAUGCUGCAGCUUGUGAUGAUCGAGCUUUGAAUCUUGAGUCACAAGGAAGCAGUUCUCUUGAUGAUCAAGUUGUUUUGGUCAGGUCACGUCCGCCGUUACCUCAUCGUCCUAAGCCAAGAGAGAGUAACAGAAUGAAACCAACUUUGUUGGAUCAAGAAACCGAGACAUGGGAUGAAGAGAGUGGUAACACACGGUCUGGAACAAGCUCACAAGUUUCUACGACAGAUCAAGAAUCAGAAGAGGAGUCUAGAGAAACAGGUUCAACCACUGGGUCAAGCUGGCAAACUCAUGGUGAGAGCGUCACCGAGUCAGAAGACUCAUCGUAUAAAUCAUCAGGGAGUGAUGAUAACUCUCAAGAAAGUGACUCUCCUCCACACAAAAGGAGAGACAGCUCAAAGGAGACUCUCCUCCCUCACAAAAAGUCUAAAGGGAGGCUUAAAAGAUUCAAGGAGAAGCUAGGUAAAGUGUUCCACCAUCACCACUACCACCACCACCACCAUGAGAGUAAAGAGCAAGGCCACAAGCCAUCAGCAUGGAAGCAUUUAGUGAAGAAACAUCUUCAGAAAAACAAAGAGAAGUUGGUUGAGAGGAGGGUGAAGUCAGAAUCGAAAGGUUUGGUGACUAAACAUAAGAGCAAAGGUGGGCAGUUUCAUGCGUUAGUGGAAGGGUUGAUGAGACAUCGUAGAGGAAAUUCGAAGAUGAAAAAGCAGAGCCAUGGCAGGAAGAAGAUGAAGUGGUGGCAAACACGUAGACGUCAAGGUGGUAUCAAGUUUCCUAAGGGAAGGAGGGUUAAGUUAGGAAAGACAAAUUACUUGUGUAACAAGGAUCAAGAACAUGAUGGAAACUAGUCUCAGAAGUAGAUGAUAGCAUAAAAAAACAGAACUAUAAACCCCAACAACCAGACCAUGGAUGCAUGUCUCAAAAGUUUCCAAUCCAUUUCUACUAGUAUAAAAUAGAAAUUCCUAUUUUUACAUUUAAAAAAUAACUUUCUUCUAUAUUCACUGUUUAAGAAAAAUAAAUUGUAGCGACUUUUAUUUUUAUUAUAUAUUUCUUUAUUUUAGAAAAAAAUAUAGCAAAAACAUUAAAAUCUUAAUCAACUAUAUUUAUAAUUAUAUUUUUUUUCGUCAUAAAUGAGCUUCCUUUACAUCCAUACCAAAAGACACAUCUACAAAGAAUUAUAAUUCAAAAUUGAGGGCAAAAAAAGCAAGAAAAAAUUAGAGCCAAAAAGAGACAUAUCAUCUUAUUUUAUAUUACCCGGAGAGUAUAUUAAAAAUAUUGAGAUUUUUCUUUUAAUUGUGCACACUUUGUUUGAUAUUUGAUUUAAUUCUGCUAGAUUAUACUACGAAUUUUUUAGUCAACAUAGUAAAAAAAUAAAGAAAUUAAAAUUAUAUUUUGACUAUGUUCAUACUAUAGAUUCCAACUUUCUUUUUUUAUUUUUUUUGCUAAAAGGAUUUCAACUUUCUUUUCAAAGUAUUUAAAAAGAACGGUUAUGAAAGAUAAAGUCAAGAUUUCUUCCCGCAAAAUCUAUGACCGAUAAAUUUGGAAAUAAAAUUCAGUCUAAAAAUUGAUUUAAAUAUCAUUAUCCUUUUCUUUAGUUUUUAUGGACAGUUUUUUUUUUAUAUAUCUCGGGAAAACGUUGAAUAGUGAAAAGAAAAAAAAAAAAAAAAAAACCACCAUGUGAAGGUUGGUGUAGUGGCAAAGAACUCUUUUCGAAUCUAAGCUCGUAAGGAUCAGCAUUUCCCAGAAAAAUCUUGUUACC